CGAAGUGAUGGCGUCGUCACAUAUGGCGCUGUGGACCAAAUUCAUUGUGGACCGAUAAUCGCUUAUGAGCCACUCACCACCCCAACUCAUUGGCAAUUCAAGCUCACCACUGUAACAUCGGGAAACUUCUCCACGAGUGGGAGGGGUAUCAGGGCAAGAUCGGCCACGGCUAGCUCAUAUAUAGGCGCACCAUUUGAAGAAGCGGAUGCGAUCGCCCAGGAACACGGAGCUACGCAUUACAUCAUCGACUGUGCUGCCAAGCCUACCCUGGUAUUCACGAUCGGUCAACAGAACUACACCGUUCAAUCGGACAAUCUUAUAGUACCAAUUCCUUGCGGCCGCUGCAUUUUUGCACUGAAACCUAUGCCUAGAGAGAAAUAUGGCCCCGUAUGGACGCUAGGGAUCCCGUUCCAUCGCCAAUACUGCACCAUUCAUGACUUUGGACAGGAGCGGAUAGGCUUUCGCUGA